CCGGCGACCAUGGCCGCCCUCUGACCCCCUCCCCGGCGCGCGCCUCCUCCUCGCCGCCCCCCCCCCCAGCCCAGCCCGGCCGGCCCCGGGCCCCCACUUCUGCCUGCGCUGUGCCCCCCACCCAGCCGCCGGCACGGCCCCGCCCCCGCUGCCCCGGUGGUGGCCCACGGCCCCCCGGCUGCCCGUGGUCAAACUGGAGUCGCUGAAGCGCUGGAACGAGGAGAGGGGCCUGUGGUGCGAGAAGGGGGUGCAGGUGGUGCUGACCACGGUGGGCGCCUUCGCGGCCUUCGGCCUCAUGACCAUCGCCAUCAGCACCGACUACUGGCUGUACACGCGCGCGUUCAUCUGCAACACCACCAACCUCACGGCCGGCGACGACGCGCCGGCCCACCGCGGGGGCAGCGGCUCCUCGGAGAAGAAGGACCCCGGCGGCCUCACCCACUCGGGGCUCUGGAGGAUAUGCUGCCUGGAAGGGUUGAAAAGAGGUGUCUGCGUGAAGAUCAACCAUUUCCCGGAGGACACGGACUACGACCAUGACAGCGCGGAGUAUCUGCUCCGAGUCGUCCGGGCCUCCAGCAUCUUUCCCAUCCUCAGCGCCAUCCUGCUGCUGCUCGGGGGCGUGUGCGUGGCGGCCUCCCGGGUCUACAAAUCCAAGAGGAACAUCAUUCUGGGCGCAGGGAUCCUGUUCGUGGCAGCAGGCCUGAGCAACAUCAUCGGCGUGAUCGUGUACAUCUCGGCCAACGCGGGCGAGCCGGGUCCGAAGCGGGACGAGGAGAAGAAGAACCACUACUCGUACGGCUGGUCCUUCUACUUCGGCGGGCUGUCGUUCAUCCUGGCCGAGGUGAUCGGCGUGCUGGCCGUCAACAUCUACAUCGAGCGCAGCCGCGAGGCGCACUGCCAGUCUCGCUCGGACCUGCUCAAGGCCGGCGGGGGCGCGGGCGGCAGUGGCGGGAGCGGCCCCUCGGCCAUCCUCCGUCUGCCCAGUUACCGCUUCCGCUACCGCCGCCGCUCCCGCUCUAGCUCCCGCUCCAGCGAGCCGUCGCCGUCGCGGGACGCGUCUCCCGGCGGCGCCGGGGGCCCGGGCUUCGCCUCCACGGACAUCUCCAUGUACACUCUCAGCCGCGACCCGUCCAAGGGCAGCGUGGCCGCGGGGCUGGCGGGGGCCGGCGGCGGCGGCGGCGGUGGCGGAGCCGGCGGGGCGUACGGCGGCGCGGCGGCGGGCGCGGGCGGCGGCGGCGGGGCGGGCGCCGAGCGGGACCGCGGGGGGGCGCCCGGCUUCCUCACGCUGCACAAUGCCUUCCCCAAGGAGGCGGGCGGCGGGGUCACGGUCACGGUCACCGGGCCGCCCGCCGCGCCCGCGCCCGCCCCGCCUGCGCCCGCGGCGCCAGCCCCCGGGACCCUGGCCAAGGAGGCCGCCGCCUCCAACACCAACACGCUCAACAGGAAAACCACGCCGGUGUAGGGGCGCGCCGGGGGGCGCCGAGGGGGCGUGUCCGGGGCGCGUGCGCGGGCGCGCGUGCAACGAGGCUGCCGGGGUGGGGCGGGGGCGCCCCCCCUCCCCCCUCCCCGCGAGCGCGCUGGAGAACUGCGUGGCCCUCCCCGCGCCCCGCCUUCCGAUCGGGGACCCUGAGGGAGGGAGCCGUCAGGAGGGGGCGUCGUGUUUUAUUUAUUUACUUUUUUUUGUGGGUUGGCGGGGCGGGGGGAGGGCUGUGGAGUUUUUUUGCAGUUUUGAGAUGUUUUCUUUUUAAUGUUUUGCUGUGUGCAUGUGGGGGCGGGGCGGUGGGGGAGGGAGGGACUCCCAGCCCAGCCCGGCCCAACUCCUGGAGAGGGGCCCAUAACACACGAAUAUAUAGUUAUACCUACAAACUAUAUAUAUGCCCUUUGUAAAGAGAUAGAAAGGUAAAGAGAAGGCAGGCAGAAAGGCAAAGUAACGAGGAGUGGAUGUGGGCAUUCAUUCAUUUUUUCAUUCAUUAUUCCACAAGGGUUUAUUAAGUGCCUGUUGUGUACCAGGAAGGCGCUGGAGAGGGAACAUAAACAGGCGAUCAGAGUGACUGGUUCAUUCAUUAUCCGAAAUUUAUUUGUGCACCUAAGCACUAGGCGUUGUGCCAGAUGCUGAGGCUACAGAAAGGAGGAAGACAGACAGGGUCUCCCCAGCGUCCUCCAGAGUUUGCAUCUUGUGCAGGAGACAGACGUUAAUCAAAGAACUGUGUGUACAAGCAGCAAGGUACAGUUAGGACACAGGAGAAGUCUGAAAUGCUACAAAAUGUUCUGUCAGGGAUGGGUAACCCAGUUUAAAAGGAAGAAAUAUUUUAGCUGACAUUGAAAGGAUGACAGGAAGCCAGCCAGGUGAGGCUGGAAGUGUGGCAGCCAGAGAACAGCAUAUGCCAAGGCCCAGGGGCAGGAAGAGCUUAAGGGAGGGCUACGGCAUAGUGCGCUGGGUGCAGAUGGGCCAAGAUGAUGCCGGAGAUGUAAACAGAGCCAGACUGCCCAGGGCCUCAGGAUUUUGGAUUUUAUUCUGAGGGCAGCAGGGGGCCCUGGAAUGGCUUUCAAAGGGAACAUAACGUGAAUGGAGUACAAAAGGGAGGCAGGAACUCAAAGAAGAGAGUGAGAGGCAGAGACAGGCUGAAAUUCAGCAUCAAACACAGGCACUGGCCCUUGAAACUCACACUCCUGGGAGGACGCAGAUAAUCACACAAAAUACUGAAGCACAGGCAUGGUGUCUGGUGCGAUUUAGACAUUUGUGUUUCAUUCAUUCAUUAAUUCAGCCAUUCACUCAUUGACAUUUCUGUGCCUCUGCGAACACACCAGGCAGUAUGUUGGAAUCAGGAUUGCCCCAGAUGAAACAGACCCUCUCCUUGCUCUCAAAGAGGAGUCGUCAAAAACUGCAAUCCAGGCAGGGUGAUGGGCACUGUGACAGGGACCACAAUGGGGAGAACAGAGUGACCAAGUCCCAGGAGUGGGCUGUACUCAGGGAGACUUCCUGGAGAACAUAAGUCCCAGCCUAGGUUUAAAAAGGAUGAGUAGGAAUCUGCCAAGGGAUGAAGGGGGUGACUCAUGCAAAGGCCAGGGGGGCGACAUUGCAUGCUGUACUGGGGACAGAGCUCAGAGAUCUGGGAUGCUGGAGGACGGGGGUGGUGGUGGUGGUUAGGUCAGAGAAGCAGCUGGAAACCAGAGUCAGAAGUGCUGGAGUUCCAGGCUGCGGGGUUUGGGCUUUAUUCUGAGGGUAGUGGGGAGACGGGGGACAGCUUUGAGCAGCAGAAGGGCAGGACUGGACGUGGGUGUGAGAAGGAGCCACUCGGGAAAGGGGUGAACAGGAGGCUGGUGCUGUGGGAUGUGGCCAGUGAGCUGAGCAAGGGCUGUGGGGUGCAGGGGGAUGCAUCUGAAGGCUAUGGACGAUGCAGGAAGCACAUGGUGCUUAGUGGAUGUCCCUUUGCUCAGUGAAUAUCUCCCAAGGUCUCCUGUGUGGCAGGCCCUGUGCAGGGCGAUGCUGGGGGUUGGAGAUGCUUCAGACCCUGCCCUGCCCUCUAAGGCCCCCCCAGUCUUGUGGGAAGCCAGACACGGACACAAAUGGGGAGGGGUGGUAAUUGGUGGUGCCCAGGGGCAGCCUCUGUCCCGAUGACGAUGACGAAGUGAGGCAGCAGAAAGGGGCAGAGCAAAGGAGGGACAGAAUCAGGUUGGGUGUUGGGAGUUCCCCUCAGGCGCCUUGUGGGUAGUGGGUAGACUAGAAAGAGGGGGAGCCUGGAGGGCAGAGGGCCAGGGAGGAACUCCCUGGGGACAGUUGCAGGGAGAGAAGGUGGAGAGUGUGGGGAAAGGAAUACAAGUUAGCAAGAGUCAGAGAACUGAGUGUAGGGAAGAUGUAUGGAGAGAAGGGCAGGGAGUGGUGGAGUCAAAAGAGUUUGGUGGGAGGAGGAAGGCCUGGUUAGGGCGCAGUGGAGUCUAGGUCCAAAGGCCAAACCUAGAGCGAGAAAGAGGGGGAAGAUGGGCAGAAGGCGGGGAGGAGAGAGAAGUGGGGGAGGGGGGCGGGGGAAGGAGG